CUGUUCUUGUUUCCUUUUACUGAUUUUUUUUUUUACUUUCCCAAAGGUGUCUCUGCAACAUGGACCCACAGAAUCUAACACAUGUCUCUGAAUUCCUCCUGCUGGGCCUCUCAGAGGAUCCAGAACUGCAGCCCCUCCUCUUUGGACUGUUCCUGUCCAUGUACCUGCUCACUGUGCUUGGAAACCUGUUUAUUAUCCUGGCUGUGAGUUCUAACCUCCACCUUCACAUCCCCAUGUAUUUCUUCCUCUCCAACCUGUCCAUGGUUGACAUUGGUUUCACCUCUGUUACAAUUCCAAAGAUGCUUAUGGAUAUCCAUACACACCACAGAAUCAUCUCCUAUGGCGAUUGCCUGAUUCAGUUGUCUUUUUUUGUUUUUUUUGGAUGUAUGGACAAUCUACUCCUGGCAGUGAUGGCCUAUGACCGGUUUGUGGCCAUCUGUCAACCACUUCACUACCCAGUCAUCAUGAAUCCCAACCUCUGUGUCUUCAUGGUUUUAGUGUCUUUUUUUCUCAGCCUUUUGGACUCACAGUUGCACUGCUUGAUGGUGUCACAACUUACCUUCUGCACAGAAGUGGAAAUUCCUCAUUUCUUCUGUGAUCCUUCUCAACUCCUCAACCUUGUCUGUUCUAACACUACCACCAGAAAAAUACUAGUGUAUAUUAUUGGUGCCAUCCUGGCAGGUGUUCCAGUCUCAGUGAUCCUUUUCUCUUACACUCAAAUUGUUUCCUCCAUUCUGAGAAUACCAUUGUCAGGUGGGAAGUAUAAAGCCUUUUCCACCUGUGUUUCUCACCUGUCAGUGGUUUGCUUAUUUUAUGGCACAGCUAUUGGAGUGUACCUGAGUUCAGCUGUCUCAUCUUCUCUCAGGAGUGGAGCAGCAGCCACAGUGAUGUACUCCGUGGUCACCCCCCUCUUGAACCCCUUCAUCUACAGCCUGAGGAACAGAGAUAUCAAGAGAGCCCUGCAGAGACUCCUCAGCAGACCAGCAUAA